AUGCCUGAAGAUUCCAAGGGAAAGAGCGCGCCAAAUGUCGCUGCCAAGCUUUCGGCACUACCCAAGAAAUCGCUGUUCGAACGCCAGAAAGCCGAAGCCGAAGCUAAACGCGCUCGCGAGAAGGCCGAGACUGCCGCAGUCUACGAGGAUUUUGUCAAAUCGUUCGAGGAUGAUGAACCGAUUGUUUCUCGGACCGCAGAUGGACGUCAAGGCGCAUUUGGUAAUAGAGGCGGUGGUCUGGGAGGAGGACCAGCACGGCGACACUUCACAACGUCCGGCCCACGGACCAGUGGUCCAGGUUCGCUGGGCCCGCCGCCCCCAUCGCUAUCUCGCAAGCGGACACUUGAAGGAUUUACACCGGCAUCACGAAAUCGAGACUCGGCGCAGGGUGUUCUAGGAUAUGAGCAUCCAGGCUCGACAGGUCCACCAUCGGCCUUUCGCAGCCCAUCCGACGAUGAAGACGAUCGAAGGGCCGAAAUAAAGGAUGCCGAGAGAGCUGCUGCUAAACCAACUCUGUACCUGGCAUCGCUUCCACCCGGCACAUCUCCCUCCGUGCUCAAGUCCUUGAUUCCGUCGUUUCUGACCGUGGACCAUGUGAAUGUUCUCCGGCCUCCUACCCAGUCCCCAUUCGAGCGAAAAUCGUCAGCUGCAAUUGUCACUCUCGCUAGUGACACUGCUGCUUCCGACAUCGAUAACGCAGUAAGCGCCCUCCAAAAUAAAUACUUGGGCCGGGGUUACUAUCUAUCUCUUUCCCGACACCUCUCAUCAGCUGCGAUCAACUCGAAUAUGCCGCCAACUUUGGGUACAUCUACGACUAACCCCCUUCCAUUUGGCGCAAAAAAUGUUCAACCAACUUUUGGCGGCAGCUUAAACCGUGCUCCACCCCAUGGACCUCAUCGUGGAGGAUUUGCACCUCCGAGCUCCUAUGGUCCCACCCAUGGCAGAAGUGGUCCAUCUACACAAGUUGAAGUGAAAGCGCCCUCGGAUAUCAAACAACUAAGACUUAUUCAUAAAACGCUCGAAAAUCUUCUAAAUUAUGGACCAGAAUUUGAAGCAUUACUUAUGAGCCGACCGGAAGUGCAAAGAGAAGAAAAAUGGGCCUGGAUUUGGGAUGCGCGAAGUGCUGGUGGGGUUUACUACCGGUGGAGACUAUGGCAAAUUGUGACCGACCCUCGAGCUCGUGGUACUAAAAGGGCAGCAAUCCAAAAGACUGCUGCCAUUUUCGAAGGCGGAGCACAUUGGGUGGCCCCAGAGAGCAGCAUUCAAUUCGAAUACUCUACAUGCCUUGAUGAAUUUGUGUCUGAUGAGGACUACAACUCAUCCGAUGAGGAGCAGUCGGAUAAUGAAGACGAGAGACGAAAUAUUGGAGGUGGACCUCCUGAAGGAGCCAAUGGACAAAAUGAUGGUCUCGGCUAUAUGAAUCCUUUACAAAAAGCCAAGCUUACUCAUCUUCUUGCACGAUUACCAACCACUCAUGCCAAGCUCCGGCGAGGUGAUGUCGCGAGAGUCACCGCGUUUGCAAUUAAGCAUGCAGGAGCUGGUGCCGAUGAGGUUGUUGACAUGAUUGUACUGAAUGUUCUCAAUCCGCUAGCAUAUACUGGGGCAAACCCUCACCGCGAAGUGGAAAGGGAUGCUGCAAAUCUGGAGAGUGGCGACAAAGACAACACGAAUCCAUCCAGAAAUCAUAUGGAUGUGUCUUCUGCCAGGCUCGUGGGGCUCUAUAUCAUAUCUGAUAUUCUCUCAUCUUCAGCCACAAGCGGUGUCCGCCACGCAUGGCGAUAUCGGCAGUUAUUUGAAAAUGCUCUCCGCUCGCGAGAAGUAUUUGAACAUCUUGGUCGGCUUGAGAAGGUUUUGGGUUGGGGCAGACUCAAGGCUGAGAAAUGGAAGCGAAGUGUGGGCUCCCUUCUUCAUAUGUGGGAAGGGUGGUGUGUUUUCCCACAGUCAAGCCAAGAACAUUUCGUCGAAAUGUUUGAAACGCCGCCAGUGACUGAAGAAGAUCAGAAGGAAGCCGAGAAGUCCGAAGCCGAACAUGCGGCCAGUGCCUUUUCCAAGAGCAAGAACCGUUGGAAGACUGUUGAUGAUGACCCUGCAUCUGGAAAGUUCGACCCAAGUCGCCCUGCAGAGAAGCUUCCUCAACACGUUAGCAUGCCCAACUUGCCCGAUAUUACAGAAGACGAAUCCAUGAGUGACAUCGACGGGGUCCCAAUGGAAGAUAGCGACCUGGAAAUGCCAGACGAGGACUGGGAGCCCAUGGACGAAGACGCAUCGCCGCUAGAAGAUGACGACCAUACACAAGAUCCACUACCCAAGGAGCCCAUGCAGCCCGAGCAGGCCACCGGGCAGCAAGAGGAAGAAUCGAGGCGAUCACGAAGGCAACGGCCCAAAGCCGAGGAUAUGUUUGCGUCGGAGUCGGAAUGA